AUGGCGGCAGUCUCAGCGCCAAUCAACCCUGAGGCACCUCGUUCAGCAUCUGACGAGAGCAGCAAAAAGCCCAUGAUGGCCCUCCCUAAACUUGCCACUGAUCGCAGCGCAAUGUCGGAAACUUCUACUACUCACAGGCAAGAGAGACCUGUGGCUAAGAGAGCACGCAGUAGUUACGACAGGAAAGCCUCACUCAGCCAGAGUGGAGACCCGAACGGCGAAAAUUGCAGCGACUCUGCGGACGCAAUGGAUCCGCCCGAGCUGGCUCACCUCAAGCGCUUCACCCAGGAUACCCUGGACUAUCCACGGCGUCGUGCAACAAUCGCAUGCGAGAUCUGUCGAAGCAGGAAAUCUCGCUGUGAUGGCAACAAACCGAAAUGUCGACUCUGCACCGAGCUAGGCGCCGACUGUGUCUACCGAGAGCCUGGUAUCAAGCUUGACGCUGGCGACAAGCUGAUACUGGAACAACUUGCACGGAUUGAAGGCCUGCUACACACAGGCUUAAAUGGAUCGUUGUCUCCAAGCAGCGCGAACGCAAUGGUCCCGAUCUCUCCAGCGACUAGCAACACUGCCUCGGACGACUUCCUCGCCAAGAAGACAGGUGGACCCACGAGCCAAGGCGUUGCACUCAAUGGCGUGGGGACAUGGUCAGCUAACAUCUCAACCAUUCCAAAACAACACACGACGCCAGCAUUGCAUCUGCUGCAAUGGCCAGUCAUCAAGAAUCUGGUGUCACAGCAGUGCGAUCCAUCUGUACUUGUCCAGCUCGAGAUGUCACGAGAACCGCUGAACUUCGGUCGCUCCUUCUCGCUCGAUUUCAGCAACAUCAACUCCUACGCCAUUGCGUUCUUCGAGCGCGCAAAUGUAUGGUAUGCAGUCGUUGACCCAUACCAGUGGUCACACUACUAUCGCUGCGCAACGUCUCAGCGCUUUCGAGGAGGCGUGGAGAGUUGUAUUGUGCUUCUGGUGCUUGCACUGGGAGAGGCUGCCUUCUCUGGCCUCAGCAUCUCACAACUGCCCCACGGACAGAAUCCUCCAGGCAUGAGUUUCUUUGCUGCGGCUUGGAACAUCCUGCCUGGACUCAUGAUACGUAACGAUGUGAUCAGUGCCCAAUGCCACAUCCUGGCAGCAGCAUAUCUGAUGUACAUCGUCCGACCACUGGAGGCAUGGAACAUGUUGUGCAACUCCUCGAUGAAGCAGCAACUACUUCUACAAUCACCUCAUGGCAUACCGCAGCACUUGCGUGAGCUUAGUGAUAGGGUAUUCUGGAACACCAUCAUGAUCGAGUCGGACUUGCUGGCAGAGCUCGACCUACCUCAUUCCGGCAUCGCACAACAUGAGGAUGGCAUGCGAUUGCCACGAAGCUUUCCGUUCGAUGCCGAUCCAUCAGGAGAAGAGCCGCCGGGAAGCGAUGACUUGUGGUACUUCCUGGCCGAGAUCGCGCUAAGACGACUCCUGAAUCGUGUCUCUCACCUCAUCUACGGUGUAUCACAUCUGCUGCACACGAAUAAGAUGUCAGCCUCCUUCUCAUUGGCAUCACUGGAUCCUGUUGUGACGGAGCUCGAUUUCCAGCUCAAGCAAUGGUAUGAGAACUUGCCAGCACCGGUCAAGUUCCCACGUGAGCGGCUUCAAGCUCGUGACUCUGUGCAGACGGUGCUCAGACUGCGGUACUUUGCUUGCCGAACCAUCAUCUAUCGACCGUACAUCCAAGCAGUACUUGGGGAUGAAUCACUGGCCAACGAGCCGGGCGUGCAAGACGCAUGCCGCAAGUGUCUCGAAGCCUGUAUCAGACAGCUGGAGCAGCUUUCGGCUCAUCAUGAAGGACAUCUGCCAUACCUGUGGCAAGGCGCUCUCAGUAUCAUGAGUCAGGCACUACUUCUCAUGGCAGCAACACUAUGCCCACCGUUGAGUGCUUUGCUGCCUCCGGAGCACCAGAUGGACGCUAUCUUCACAGAGGUCGUCGCUGAAGCAGAGAGGUUGGCACACUUGGCGCCUAGUCUCAGAUUAUGCGCAGAGAUCAUCAGAGAAGCGGAGCAGAGGCGGCAGAUCCUGAUCAAGAGGCAGAUGUGCUGA